CAGCACAGCCCGCUGCUCUCCAAUCAGUUUAACAGCAGAGGAGACAAGCUCAUUACGACAGGGAGACAGUUGUUGAGAAGAGGCAGAACAGAAAACCGUCCUCAGUCGUACAUUGAUGAAGACAAUCAUAAUGAAGUUGUUUUGCCUGUUGCUGGUGCUAGCCGGAGCAACGUGCGCAUUCCAUCUGGACAUCUCAGAUAGACAAGUGAACCCCACAUCGGUCUCUGAGGUUCUCACAACGGACGCGAGCUCAAUUGAAGCAAAAUCUCGAUUUGCCAUGCUGGACGACGUUCGCCUACUUGCAAAUGGCCUCCUCCAACUUGGCCAGAGUUUACGGGAGUUUGUCCACAAGACCAAAGCGCAAAUCAACGACAUCUUCCAGAAGCUGAACAUUUUUGACCGCUCUUUCUACCAGCUCUCAGUGGUCACAUCAGAAAUCAAAGAAGAAGAGGAGGAGCUCAAGAAGACCACCAAUAUCUUGAAAGCCAACAAUGAGGAGAUUAGGAACUUGUCUUUGGAAAUCAACUCGAAGAUCAACAACAUCCUGCAGGAGCGCACACAACUGCAGAACAAAGUGGGAAGCCUUGAGGAGAGGCUGAAAGGAUUGUCUGAGACCGUGAUCCCUGCUGACCAGCUCAGCGAAAUCACAACACUCAAGGAAGUAAUUGGGGCUCAGGAGAAAACAAUCAGCAAUCUACUGAAAGCUGUGAAUGAGCAGCACGAUCAACUGGACCACCAGAAAAUCAAGAUUAAAAUUCUGGAGGAUAAGGUAAACUAUGACGCCUUCCAAGAUACCGCUGAUAAGACAAUGGAUUCAGACCAUUCAGCUUCUGAUAUGUUUGAUUAUCUGCCAAGAAACUCAACCGGGUUGACAAAUGACCUUCCUGUGGACUGCAGCGAGUUAUAUAUAAAUGGAGAGGUUAACAGUGGAAUCUAUGCUAUCAAACCAAAUCAUUCUGAACCGUUCUAUGCUUUCUGUGAGAUGAGUUCAGGCACCGGCUCAACUGUCAUUCAGCGAAGAACAGAUGGUUCCGUGGAUUUUGACAAAACAUGGGAAAUGUAUGAAAAGGGUUUUGGUGUUAUGGAAAAGGACUUCUGGCUGGGCCUACAAAAAAUCCAAAGUUUUACACAGCACCAAGCUUACAUCCUGCGUAUUGAUGUGGAGGACUGGAAGGAGGAAAAGCACUGGGCAGAGUACAACUUUUCAGUUGAAGGUCCCUCCGAGGACUACGCCCUUCAUGUCAGCCACUUUUCCGGUGAUCUGCCUGAUGCCAUGAGCAACAUCACCGGUGCAAAGUUCUCCACGAAGGACAAGAAUAACGACAACUGCAACUUAGACUGUGCUCGUAGUUGCUCAGGUGGAUGGUGGCUCAGUGCCUGCAGUGAAACCAGCUUCAAUGGCAAAUAUUUCUGGCUGAGGGCAAAGGGACGCUCUUUGAGGAGGAAGGGUAUUCAAUGGAAGCCUGGAACAGGGUCCUCGUAUUCCUUCAAGAUGACCAAAAUCAGCUUACGAAGAGUCCCCGAUAGUGGCAUUUAACCUCUGUAGCUCCCCACGGUCUCACCCGGUCUUGCUGGUUUUUUUUCCUUUUAAACUGACAUCUAAAACUAGAUGAAAGGCUCCAUAAAAAAGGCAGUGACGUAGUAUUGGCAUUAGACAUGUCUUCAACUGCAGCUAGAGGGUGAUUGCCUUCUAAACUUUUGCCUGACAGCAGGCCGAAUAUGUCGUAAGUUGGAUUUACUAAGGUGUUGCAAUGAUGCAAGCAUGACACACAUAUGGGUCGUUAACCUACUGGGUCUGAUCUAGCAAAGACAGCAUAACCUUCAUUAUGCAACAUCCACAGUCGUUAGCAAAACGACCACAUCGACCCACAUCGCAGCCUGAUUAGGGGAUGGCUGUAGAAUGCUACAGCAGAAUAUAUUUAUAUAGGGAUUACAAUCUGAAAACUAAGAUUAUGUCAUCGCAUUUAACUACAAGAAAAUGCAUUUAUAAGCUUCUUUGUCCAAUAAGCUAUUUAAAAUGUAUUUUAUCCAUGAAAGGUGAAACUUUACUGCAUGUCCCUUUAGGCUACAAAAAGCAUUUAACAACUAUUACAUAAUGCAUGGAAAUUAUAUAAAUGAAGCUUUAGAAGAAGAAUCAUUAUUUUCAAAACCACCAAAUGUGUCUGAGCGUGUUUACGUUACUUCUUUUCUUAUUUAAAACCAUCUUAUCCAUUCAAACCCACUUGCAUUAGUACAAAAAACCUAAAAAAGUACAGCACAAACAAAAAAUAAAGAAUCCUCCACUGUAUAUGUCGCUGAUCCUCCCAUUUGUCUCCAAAAUACCGGUAACACAAACUUUGGCAGUGCACUGAAAACUCUUUCCUCUUGCAUGUAUUUAAAUAUUUAAACCAUGUUCACGAUGUAACGGUUCAUGCCGGUAGUGUUAGAUGGCAUCACAUUGUUAUGCAUCUUAAGUUGCUGAGUCAUAUUGACUCCUAUCGAUACAACACUGUUUUGUACGUGUGCCUAAGAAUGACGACCAUCCUGGCAGGAGGCGCUGUGUAAUUCUAAGUCAUAUUUAUAAAAAUAAUAAAGCAAUGUGUCAAAAUCA